AUGCGUCGGACACUAGCCCUCGGCGUGGUGUCGACUUGGAUCACCCUCGCCUCUGCCACACUACGAACUGACCAGAAUGGCAGCACAAUCACCCUAGCCAACGACCGACUCACCGCGGUCUUCGCGACCAACAAAGGCCGGAUCGUCGACCUCUCCCUCGAUAACCAGGACCUGCUGGGCCCUCAAUCAGGGGACACCGGCACCGGGCCCUACCUCGACUGCUACUGCAUCCCGUCGGGCUUCUACACCCCGGGCUCCACGAGCCCUAGCAUGGAGGUCGUCGAGGGCACCGAUGCCACCGGCACGAGGUACGCCGGCGUGGUCAUGAACGAGACCUAUCCGCCGACGGGCCAGCAGUUCCAGCAGUACUGGUUCCUGCGCGACGGCGAGACCGGCCUGCACACCUUCAGCCGGCUCGCCUAUUACAACAAGACUACGCCGUUCUUACGCAACCUGCAGGAGUUCCGAACCCUCUUCCGGCCCAACACGGCGUUGUGGACGCACCUGACAUCCAGUGAGAUUCAGACCGCGCCGCUUCCGGGCAAAGACGCUAUCAGCAGCGAGGUCGUCGUCCAGGACGCCACCUGGUCGUUCAAUAACACGCCCAGCGAUGCCUACUAUACUCAGUUCUCGGAGUACUUUACCAAGUAUACUUUCUCGAAUGAUUGGCGUGAUAACUCGGUUCAUGGCAUGUAUGCCGAUGGGACUACGUCGAAUGGGACAGCAUACGGCGCGUGGUUGGUGAUGAACACAAAGGGACCUCUGCACUCAGAUCUUACCGUUGAUGGCAUCGUAUACAAUUACCUUGUGUCUAACCACCAUGGAGAAGGAACCCCAAACAUCACCUACGGGUUUGAUCGCACGUUCGGUCCUCAAUACUAUCACUUUAACGGCGGGAAGGGAUCCAAAUCAUCCCUGGAAGAGCUGAGGUCUGAUGCAGAAUCCUUGGCAAACCCUAGCUGGAAUCUGAAGUUCUACGACUCGAUUGCCAAGCACGUGGUUGGGUAUGCGCCCUCGAGUGUACGGGGUAAGGUGCAGGGACACAUCAAGCUGCCUAAAGUAGCCACCCGACCGAUCGCCGUGCUCACAGUUGACGGACAGUAUUUCCAGGACAAUUCCGUGGAUCCUUCUGCAUACCAGUACUGGACUGAGAUUGAUAAGAACGGCCACUUCAAUAUUGACCACGUCAAGGAGGGCAAGUACAGGCUGACCGUGUAUGCGGACGGGGUCUUUGGUGACUAUGAACGCGACGGUGUACGAGUGCAGGCUGGCAGAACCACGAAGGUCCAAGAGACAUGGGUCGAAGAAUCGGCAGGCACCGAGGUCUGGCGGUUAGGCACCCCAGACAAGUCUUCGGGAGAAUUCCGCCGCGGUGUGGCUAGAGACGAAACUCACCCCUUGCACCCCCCGCAGUAUCUGAUCUACUGGGGCGCUUAUGACUGGCAGCAGGAUUUCCCUAACGGAGUCAAUUACACUAUCGGUAGCAGUGACCCUGCCACUGACUUCAACACGGUGCAAUGGUCAGUGUUCGGCCCGACCCCCAACAACCCCGAUGUUGAGUAUGACACCACGCACGAUUGGACAAUCAACUUCAGCUUGAAUAAGAAGCAGCUGCGGAAGCGGAAGAAGGCCACCUUAACCAUCCAACUCGCGGGCGCCAAGACUGCGUCUGGUAACACUGAUGUUUGGAAUCCGGAAGAGCCAUACAACAAUCUCUCAUUGGAGAGCUAUAUCAACGGGCAGAAGGAGCCACUGAGCUUGGUGAUCGGAUUCAAUCAGUCGAGUAGCUGCAUUGUUCGAUCUGCCGUAAGUUGCUAUCAGGUUCGUUCACGGAUGGAGUUUCCGGCCGAUUGGCUGGUGGACGGCAAUAAUGAGUUGACGUUGCACCUGCCGUACAAUGCCACGGAUACCGAGACUGCGAUCCUACCCGGGACGGUAUAUGUGCAGUAUGAUGCCUUGAGACUGGAGGUGUCAUAA